UAUGUUGACGCAUGCGCCCAUGAGAGGGGGCAUGGUCUGAAUGCGCGCCGGCGCUCUCUGCUGACGCCGUGUUCCUGCGUGUCGGAAGCGGCCCCUCCCUGUGGCGGCGGCAGCGGCUGGCGGAGUCUCGUGUCCCAAGCGCCCUGUCCGGCCCCUCCCCCCCAGCGCCGCCCUCCCCUCGCUCUCUCUCUACCCGCUGGCUGACAGGCCCCGGAAGCGGCCUGAGAGACCUAGAGAGCGGGUGAAGCCAAUGACUGGCUGCUCAGGAGAGAAGCCGGGGCCGCUCAGCACUCAGACCGGGGCUCACACGGAGCCCACACCGACCAGCACCCGGGGCUCACCGAACUGGAACUAGGGCCACACCGGCUGCAGCCUCUGGAGGGCAGGAAACUAACUGAAUUGAGCCAAAGAACACCUACCUCAACCUCAUGUGCCUCUCUCAAGGGCCCCUCUAACUGCACCCCGAGAACCACCAGACACAGGGGCUCAUUGUACCUGGAAGAAAGCGGGCUGUCUGUACUGAGCUCCAUAGCACCUGAGACAAAGCAGGCUGUCUGUACUGCGCUCCAUAGCACCUGAGACAAAGCAGGCUGUACUGAGGUUCAUAGCACCUGUGACAAAGCAGGCUGUCUAUACUGAGGUCCAUAGCACCUGGGACAAAGCAGGCUGUCUAUACUGAGGUCCAUAGCACCUGGGACAAAGCUGCCUCUCAUAUACACCAGCCCAUAGCACCUGAUAGGGACCUAAGUAUCUAUACAGGUGCACCCUCUGCAGCCAGGGGAGAGCUACAUCCCUAGAGGAUAUACUGCUAGGGUUAAUUUUUGCACCCAGCUGCCCUAAAACGGGCCCUCAAUCAGUGUACCACAAAAAGCACCCUACUCAAGGACAAAUAACUAAAAGUAUAACCAACUGAAGUCUGAAUUGUUCAGGACAUUUAUUCCUCCUCCUUUUCAAUCUCUUUACAGUACCCAUAUAGAUUCAGGGUACAUUCCUUGAGAGGACGUCAACCUAUACUGGAGCAUUGGACCUAAGGACACCCCUUUUGUAUUUUUAUUUCUAGAAACUAAAUUUAAUGCACCACCAUGGGCAAGGUACUUUCCAAGAUAUUUGGCAACAAGGAAAUGAGGAUCCUGAUGCUCGGGCUUGAUGCUGCUGGGAAGACCACCAUCCUGUAUAAACUAAAAUUGGGACAGUCUGUCACAACUAUACCAACUGUAGGUUUCAAUGUAGAGACAGUGACUUACAAAAAUGUAAAGUUCAACGUGUGGGAUGUGGGGGGGCAGGAUAAGAUUCGACCCCUCUGGCGGCACUACUAUACCGGCACACAAGGCCUCAUAUUUGUGGUGGACUGUGCGGACAGAGACCGUAUUGAUGAGGCUAGGCAAGAGCUUCAUCGCAUUAUCAAUGACAGGGAGAUGAGGGACGCCAUCAUCCUAAUAUUUGCCAAUAAACAAGACCUCCCUGAUGCCAUGAAACCCCAUGAAAUCCAGGAGAAACUUGGUCUGACACGAAUCAGGGAUAGAAAUUGGUAUGUGCAGCCAUCCUGUGCAACCAGCGGGGAUGGGCUGUAUGAAGGACUUACAUGGCUAACCUCCAACUACAAAUCUUAAUGACUAAUAGAGGUCCCGCAGGCAAUUUAAGCUAUUACUUCUCAGAAGAUAUUAUAUAGGGGGAAAGGAAGAGAAGUAAUGACAUCGGAUUAACAUGAUCUGAAUGAUCACCUCUUUAAAUUACAAGGAGAUAUGGGCUGGAAUACUUUAAAAAUAUCUAUAUAAAUAUAUAUUAUUUUUCGCUUUGCUGUAGGAUCUAAUUUCCCAAAUUUCCAGACGUAUAAAUGAAGCGACUAUGAAAUUGAAAUUACAGAACCAUUCUUUAUCUUUAGGCUCAAACAAAAUUGUUUGGUUUGAGGGAUACAUGCUUAGUUUCCAGUUCUGCUUUUUUUCCUCUUAAACUUUGUUUGCAUAUGUUGUAUUUCUGCCUUUUUUUGCAUUCAUACAGGGUAUGUUGCUAGAUCUAUUUCAACUAGUAAACUUAAAAAUUAUAUUCUUUUAAAAUCACCCUGCGGUUUGUCAUUUAUGCAAAAACUGGUGUUUUUGUUUAGCAUUUAUCAGACUUAUUAGAAAUGUUCGUAUUCAUUUAAUUAACUUACAAUUAAGUUGAUUAACUGUAUUGCAUCCCAUCUGCUGUAAUCUAAGUCUGAAUUAUUGAAAUUCUCAUAAAUAAGCCAUGCAUGAAUAGAGUUAAUUCAAAUUAUCCUGAUUAAUGUUACAAAGCAAUGGUGAAAUAGGUGUAUGGCAUUUUGAGGAUCAUACAGUGAUCAGAAAAUUUUGUCAAAUCUGUCAUUUGUUUUGGCCUGCCCGUUCGUGUACAUAGAAGAGGGCUCCGUUAAUAUGUAGCAAUACUUUAAAAUUAUGCAAAGAUCAUCACAUUGGAAGAAAUUAAUUCUGUAAAGCACAACUUUGUAAUUCAUUGCAAAGCUUAUUUGACGCUUAGUAAUCUUAUCUGCCUGAUUCUGUGUUAAAAAGGUACAUUGCUCCAAAAAGCGUCUUCAAAUAUAUGCGUUUAUAAAUAAAAAAAAAAUUACAUUA